UAGAUUGAACUACCGUUCUACCGUCAUGCAACACUGUGAUACGCACAUCGGCACGUGGAACGAAAGGUAUGGGGAAGCAAAAAAAGCGGAAAGCUCCAGCGGAAGGGGUCUCAAAAAGGGAUAAAAGACAUUUGGUAGAGUUUGGUGAAUCUCAUCCAGCGAACGAGGAAGCAACCGAUACUGGCAGGACAGUUGUGGUCCACGAUCACCCGGAUGCGAGCCCAGUUGAUUCGGAAUCUGACAUGAACACUGACAGUGAAAACGAAACCGAUGCUGUGACAGAACUAUUAAGCACCUUCUCGCACGCGGCAAACGAAAAGUCCAAACGUGCAAUAGAGACCGAAAGUGAGUCUGAAUCAAGCAUUGACGAUGAAGGCGGUGAGUCUGAACAGGAUCAGUGUGAGCGUGAAGAUCCUGGAGAGGUUGAUGGUACACAUGAUAGUACACAUGAAGGCUUACAGAAAGAAUCCGGGGACGAACUAGAUUUGUUGGACGCGGGAACAGAGAAGGAUCUACCACAGACUGACGACCCAUUUUUAGUGCACUUCGAAUGGGAUUUGGACUGUGAUUCCUUUCCUCUUGAUGGCGCCGCCCAUGUGAAGACAGUACUGCAGUGGCCAGCUCUUGGUAACCUACGUGUCAUAAGUCUUGCGGACAACAAGCGGGAUGUUGCCUUACAACGCUGCACCCGGCUGUCGCAGUUACAUAUUCGACCAUCAAUUGUGGCGCCAACACUGACUCCACUUCAGCUAGAAAUAAUGUCCGUGUUAAUCACGUACAGAGACUUUUUGCAUUCGGAACGCACCCUCGAGAAAGGGGAAGAAAUACGGCAGGCAUACUGCCUCCAUGCACUAAAUCACAUGCUCAAAACAAGGUCUCGUAUUUUGCAUCACAAUGCAAAAUUGCACAAAGGUGCAGCAUCUGAGUUUAGAGAUCAGGGCCUGACAAGACCGAAAGUGCUCAUAGUGGUUCCGUUUCGGGAGUCAGCAUUGCGUAUUGUCAACCUUCUAGCACAGUUGCUUGGUGCUAAGGAUGUCGUCAACAAAGGCAGGUUCCACAAGGAAUUUGAGGAACCGGAAGAGAACAAAGACAGAAAGAAGAUGGAGCGACCAGCCGACUACGAGGCCACUUUUGCAGGCAACACGGACGAUUCCUUUCGAAUUGGCAUCCGCCUCGCAGGGAAGACAUUGAGACUGUACUCAGAGUUUUAUUUCUCGGAUAUAAUCGUUGCUUCCCCCUUGGGGCUUCGUACCGUCAUUGGUGCAGAAGGCGAAAAGGGACGAGAUUUCGACUUCCUGUCCAGCGUGGAGGUGGUUGUGAUAGAUCAGGCGGAAGUGUUUCUUAUGCAGAACUGGGACCACCUGCUGCAUCUUUUAGCCCACAUAAAUAAGCAGCCAGGCGAAGCUCAUGGUGCAGAUUUUUCUAGAGCCAGACUUUGGUGCGUACAAGGGUGGGGGAAUCGUUUUCGGCAGACGGCUGUGUUUAGUUCAGUCGCACAAGCGCCCAUCAAUGCAUUGCUGAGCCGUCAUGCACAGAGUUAUGCAGGAUCCGUUGCUGUGGUGAACUCAGUCGCAGUUGGACACAUAUCGAGUGUGGCAGUAGUCCUCCCACAGCUGUAUCGCCGCUUUGAGUGUGGCAGUUCCGUGGACGCUCCAGAUGCCCGUUUCCAGUUCUUUGUGGAAAAGGUGUUGCCGCAACUGACUGCUGGUGAUGCAGAGGGCAGCCACCACGUCCUGGUGUACGUCAAAACCUACUUUGACUUUGUCCGACUGAGAAAUCACUUGAGGCGAGAGGGGCACAGUUUUACGCAGACCUGCGAGUACACGACCAACGAGAAGGUCGCCAGAGCUCGCAACAUAUUCUUCCGAGGGUACCGUCGUAUGUUGCUCUACACGGAGAGGUUCCAUUUCUAUCGAAGGUACCGCAUAAAGGGUGUUCGCCACCUGGUUUUCUACGAGCUGCCAACGUAUCCUCACUUCUACCCCGAGCUGUGUAACCUGCUGCACCCCACCUUGCAGAGGAGGGCUGCCCCUGAUGCAACUUUCCAGUGUACGGUCUUGUUCUGCAAACAGGAUGCUUUGCAGCUGGGUGCGGUAUUAGGCACAGAAAGGGCAGCAAAGCUUUUGUAUUCGCAGCAGUCAACCCAUAUGUUUGUUUCUGGAGACUGACUUUGUUAAAGACUGCUUGAAGAAAAAAUAACAGCGAUAGGAGCGGUGGUUUUAAGGGGCAUGUAAAGGUAGAGCCCUUUCAUGCCCACUGUUUAUUAUCUGCACAGUUAUUUUCGCCGUGUAUUGUCUACGUGCACAUAUGGGUCACGUGCUUUCAUAGUAUUUAAUUUUUCACUCAAAUCUGAGAUGUAGAUCGAUGGUAGCAGAUUUUCUGAAUUAAAGAACACUGAAUGUGAAUGCAGUACUAGUUUGCACCAUCACGUGAUGUAGUUUUCUAUUUAUUUAAGAAAACAUCGAAGUUCUAGUUCGUGAUCAGCAAGCUUUGCUCGGAAUGGUAACCUUCAAGAAAAUUUGUCCCCCCACUAGACGUACACUUUGUUCUCAGAGAAUUACAGUGGAACCUUGUUAGCGCGUACCUGGCGGGGACGCGGGAAAAGUACGUGCAAAGCGGUACUACGUCAUAACCGAAAAUAACUAAUUAUGUCACUUAUCGUCACGAGAAACCCGAAAAACGCAUGCCGUUAUAGAAGCCACCAAUUCACGAUCUUUACUUCACGUUCAAACUCAGAAAUCCGUGAUUUUUGUUGAGCGAUGCGCCGGCCUCGGCACGGCACGUCGUCCUCGUCACCAUCAGAGUUGGACGCCGUUUCGGGAGCAACAGCGGCGAUAUUAUAUAGUUAUCCCCAAUUCAAGACAAAGUUUACCUCACUAAACAGAAUUGCUGUCCCAAGUUCUUUUGAUCCCAAAGAGUUCAUACAGAACCCAUUGUUCAAAAUCUGCAUGGUUAAACUAAUGGCACAGUUUGCCUCCUACGGAGGUAGUUCAAGCUAUGUCUGGACACACUUAUCUCCAAUAAAUCAUGUGCCAUCAAUAAA